GUGCGGUGUAGCUUGAUUACUGUUUAGGGAAGCCGCGUAAAUUUGUAUGGGCCCCGUGCGUGUGCGUGAUCAACCCGAGCUCCCAUAGAUCUUUUCAGCAGUGCUGGGGAUCGCAACGGACAGUGGUGUGCGCGUGCGGAUAGCCCUGCAGAGGCGCGUGGUUUUCUCGCUUUGGGGUUAUUGUGAAUUGCAGUGCGUUCUAUAUAGCCUCAUAAGCAUUAAAUUUUUAUCGCUGAAAGAGAUCUAGUGAUAGAAAUUGUAAAUUAUUAUUUGUCAAUACGAAUGUUGGUUUAUCUUGUCAAAAGAGGAAUGCUAAUGUUCAAUUGAUAUUUAAAUCCCGAUAUAGAUGGAAGAAGAAGGCCAAGAUGCGCUGGUCGACUACGACAGCGAUAGCAGCUUUAUCACGGUAAUAGAUAGAGAAGCAAAAGAUAAAAACGAGGAGACAGUAAGAAAAGAUAGAGAAGCAAAAGAUAAAAAGGAGAUGGAAAGAAGAGGUGCAAUCCCGAAAAAGAACUUGCCUAAAGUCAGAGAGAAUAUAGAUGUGACCAAAGCAUGGGAAGAGAACCGUCCAGUACUGCCAAUUGGAACCAAAAUAUUAUAUGAAAAGCAAGAAAAAUUGGUCGCAAAAAUGGACAAUUCGAUGCAGAUGCUGGAUAAAGUAAUGACGAAGGCCACCGAGAUGAUGGAGAAUAUGGUGGAAGUCUCCUGUUUAAACUUAGAGAAAGAAAAAGUUAAACUUAGACGUUUAGAGGUAAGCAAUAAAGAUACCCAAAGUUCAGUAGAAAACAGUAAACAAACGGUUAAAGAACUAGAGGUAGAGUCUAAAAAGAGAAAAUUAAAUGAAAUGACAGUCUGUUCAGCCGAAAAAGAUAGGAGUUUAGAGACAAUAAAAAGAGUUAUAGAAUUGGAAUUGAACAAUUCAAACAUUGAAAGUCCAGAAAAUCUCUCCGAACUAAAAGUUGCUAAGAGAAAAAGUCUAGUUAGAGAUAUAAUAAUCAAUCAUUUAGAUGAAAACUAUCAUAAAAGGAUUCUACAUGAAAAAGAUCCGAAAGAAAUUUUGAAGAAAUUGAGAGGAUAUAAAAAGAGUGAAGUAAACGUUACUUAUGCAUCGAAGCAGAGACUAAAAACGAGAAUAGAAAAAAAAUUAGAGAAACUCGAAGUCAGGGUACAGAGGGCUGCUGCAGAAGAGAACAUGAAACAAGUGAAGUGCUACAGAUGCAACCGAAUGGGUCAUAUGGCGAAGGACUGUCCACUAAUAGAAUUUGGUGCCUGGUUUUGUUACUACUGCCAGGAGAUACGAGGUCACAAGGGUGAUAAUUGUUUGAGUGCCGAAGCCCAGGCGAACAGAGCUAGAGGAAAAAGAUGUAGAGCAGAAAUUGUUCCACAUAGUGAGCUUCUUGAACAAUCGCAAGCAAACAUUCAGACUAAUGGAUUAUCAAUUUCGGAGGAAGAGUUAGAUGAGAGGGAUAAUGUUGGCUCUGCGAUUGGGAGGGAGAAUGAAGGAGAGCUCACAAAUGUGAGCGAAAACGAAAAUAUAGAACACAACAAUGCUGAACUCGAGCAAGUCAUUAAGUUGGAGGAUAUACAGACAAUAGAGAAUAUAGAAGAAAUAUUAGGUCAUGCAUCGUUAAAUUAUCUAAAACAAUUACAAAAAGUAGAAAAGAGAUUAGAGAAUGUAAAGUUUGAUAACUCCAUAUUAGAGUGUGAAGUAUGUAUAAUGGCAAAUAUGGCAAAACUGCCGUUUAAAGAAAACAGAAAUAGAGCACAGAGACCACUACAGUCAGAUCAAGACAAGGAAUUUACGGGAGGUGCUUUUAAAGAGGUAUUAAAAAGAGAAAAGAUAAAAGCCAUAUUUGCAUCACCGUACACUCCAGAACACAAUGAAGUUGCAGAAAGGUUCAACAGAACGUUGAAAGAGAAAAGUCAUGACAACAGAGCAGCAAGAAACUGCACUAAGAAGGAUAGAAGUCACAAACUUAAAAUGUUUGAUGACGACUUAGAGGAACUAAAGAAAAACUUAGAAGAAAAGAAGAAACUGGAAACAGAAAACAUAUGGAUGACACUCAUGGAGAUUUUAUCAAGCAGUGUGUUGAUUAAGGGAAGAUAA